AUCAGCUAAUCCUAAAGACUACCAUACAAGAAUUGCCGCACCAAAUUGCAGAAAUUAUUUCACUUAUCAGAACUCAAUGUUUUUGAAUUUCGGUUCACUAAUUUCUUGCUCCUUAACUUCUCACUAAUAUUAUUCAAUGGCGGCUUCUCUCGUGAAUUUAAAGAGGUACAGUUUGAAUUUCGGUUCACGCUCAUGCCCAUGCCGAACUUCAUCUAAGAAAAUUUCAUUUCUUCCUCAACGCUGUCCAAAAACUAAUCUUAGAUUAGUACUGAAUGGACCCAAAACGGUACUGUUUUGUGCUCCGGCAAAGAUGCGGCGCCUGAUUACUGCCGUUGCUAGAGCUGAUUUUGGCCAAGAAGAUAUCAAUCAGGAAGUUGAGGAAGGGAAUAAGAUAGGGGCAAAUGAGGAAACUUCUGUAACAAAGAGUUGGAGUCAAUUGAGGAAAAGAAUAGUGUUUGGGGUUGUAAUUGGGGUAUCUGUUGGAGGUGUUGUAAUGGCUGGAAGAUGGGUUUUCGCUGUGGCGCUGGCAGCGGCUGUGUUUGUUGGUUCGCGUGAGUAUUUCGAAUUGGUUAGAAGUCGUGGAAUUGCUCAAGGAAUGACGCCUCCUCCUCGUUAUGUUUCAAGAGUUUGCUCUGUUAUAUGUGCUCUCAUGCCCGCCCUUACUUUGUAUUAUGGUCAGAUUGACAUUCCUGUGACUUUUGCUGCUUUUGUUGUUGCAAUGGCAUUACUCCUCCAACGAGGCAAUCCUCGUUUUUCUCAGCUCAGUAGUACUAUUUUCGGCCUAUUUUAUUGCGGCUAUCUUCCUUGUUUCUGGGUCAAGCUUCGUUGUGGCUUAGCAGUCCCAGCCUUGAACACUAGGAUAGGAGCAACGUGGCCAGUUCUUUUUGGUGGCCAAACUCAUUGGACUGUGGGCCUUGUUGCAACCCUAAUUACGAUAAGCAGCAUUAUAGCUGCUGAUACAUAUGCAUUUAUGGGUGGCAAGGCAUUUGGAAGAACUCCAUUAACCAGUAUUAGUCCAAAGAAGACAUGGGAAGGGACUAUUGCAGGGCUUGGUGGCUGUAUAGUAACUUCAGUGGUGUUAUCAAAAAUCUUUUGCUGGCCAACAUCAGUUCUAAGCAGUGCAAUAGCUUUUGGGGUCCUAAUUUUCUUUGGUUCUAUAUUUGGGGAUCUUACCGAGUCAAUGAUCAAGCGUGAUGCGGGUGUGAAGGACUCUGGCUCUCUCAUACCUGGACAUGGGGGAAUAUUAGACCGAGCGGACAGCUACAUUUUCACGGGUGCACUCGCAUACUCAUUUAUCAAAACUUUCCUACCCCUUUAUGGAGUUUGACAUGCAAACUUAUAGUAAAUUAUGGAAAAGAAGCAAAAGGCGAUCUUUGGCGGGUUUCCUCGUUACUGGAAAGCUAGAAGCACAAACAGGCAUAUUCUUAUUUGAAAGUUGGAGAAUCCAUGGAGAAAAAAAUAGGCCUUCCGUUCUGAAAAGGUAUACAAAUCUAUACACGGUGUGCAUAAUCAUCACCAGAUGAGGAUUUCGAGAGAGUACGAUUGCUUGUACUUAUUCUGGAAUCACAUCAGAUCGAAAGCCGAUAACAAGGGUUCAAUCUUAACAAUACAGUAAAGGUGGAGCCUCUUUUUGCUGUGAACAAUCCAUUAUUCUAACUACUGUUAAUUCAAGUAACAUUUUUCUUUUGCAAUAAAAGCAAUUGCAGUCUCUUCAUUUUUA